AUGAACAGCCUUUGCGUCCAUGGCGUAGUCGCAGCAUUUAUACUUGUUAUUUAUUCUGCGGAAUUUCCAACUCUUGUUAUAAGCUUUAGACUAUAUCCUACCGCGGAAGGAAUCCAAUUCCAAGGUUUUAUCAAUCAGGCAAGGUUGGACAUAGCUUCUAGGGACACUGGCAGCACCCCUCUGCGUGCCAACGGGAAGCGUACACGCGGGAGACCCUCAGGUAGUAAAGGGGAUUUAGAUCGGUCGUCUUUCGAACAAAACCACGAACGAAUUCCCACCAAUAAACCACAAUGCGAGCCACAAAAUUACGAAAAAGGCCACAUGAACUCAUAUACGGACCCCCUGUUGGCAGAAUUUGGCAUCGAUCUCGGGAAUAUGGGAAAUGAUGUCUUUGAUUGGCUUUGGCCAAAACCUAGCAAAGGACGCUUAAAGAGAGAUCGAUCAAAAUCAGAGUACAUCGAGAAGGGAGGCUACUUGCCCCGAAACAACAUAAUGGGGACAUCAGGGAAAUCGAAGCUAUUUGUGCACCAAUACACGCACAACUACAACUCGUGUAUACAGAGAUAUGUUCUAUACAAUUACGCUCAGGAAAAACUUGUAGACACGUACAAAAGAAUAGCAUUCCACAUGAGAUUAUCCCCUAGGUUAUUGGCUCGGGAAGUGUCAGCAGUAAUAGGAAAAUUUGGAAUGAAUAUUCUACAACCCACCGGGGAUGAACAAGGUAGACACACAGCACCUGACGUUUUAUGUCUAAGGAGAACAAAAACACGAGUUUUUUGUAUACUCGGUCGUAAGCUUCUGAAGUACCAUCUGUUGCUCUUGUUGAGAUAUAUACGGCUAGGCAUCCCUCCGGAGAUACGUGAGCGCUAUGUUAGAGAUAUUUUGACACGUAAAAACAUUGCAUGCGCAUCUGACAUGAUAUGCAGUGGCAUAGUAUCGCACAAGAUAGCUCUAAAUGUGGAAAAACAUCUCCACAUACAACAGGAUAUGGCUUUGCGCCUAACAUAUCCGGAGCGCAUGGAUUUCAUCACGCAAGGGUAUCCUUAUUCUUCGGCUUCCUUUUUGCAGGGAGACAAGAGCGGUUGGUCCCCUUCUAAUCUUGUAAAUGAGAUCGUGUACGAGCGUCUCAGCGAUAAAUCUAAAUGCAAACUUGUGUACAUGGCUGCAGUGAUUCAUCCUCAGUAUUGCUCGCAGAUUAUUAAGAACGUUGUUUACCGUGCAGGGUACAAGUGUGAGCGCGACCUGUUAUUGAAAUAUUGCUUGGGAUUCACAUUUUGUUCGAGAGGUGCUAAGGCAUUUGUUUCGAAAUUGAAGGAAGAACGGAUAAGCGACGUGUACCUAAUGAAGGCUGCUCAACUCGCAAUGCGUGACAAAGCGAUUCGAUUAACGUCCCAGUCACUGGACCUUUUGCGUAAUGUACCCAUAGUUUCCGGUUUAAUUAAAAGACAUAUUGAAUCAGGAAGGAAGCUGUUGCCCAUUCGGACCGCUCGAGUUAUAUUCAAGCGAGUACGUAGCCACGCCGAGCUGCAACCUGAAGAUAUGAUUCUUUGGGAUGUGCUCCGUGAAACCAUAACCAUGAGGAUUCCUAAUGCCACGCCAUAUAUCCUUAAACAGGUCAGGAUGGAAAUAUUUGGUAACGAAACUUUCACUGACCCCACGCUUUAUUAUUGUCUUAAAAAUCGAGGUAUUGAUACGAGCACGAUGGACGAGAUAUUAAAGGAAAAAGGAAGCGCCAUACAUGACAUGGAUUCUGCCAUUAAAUUUAGCAUGGCAAAUAAGACACGCACUCAGCUUAGGCGUGCGUGGCUAGAUAUGUCCGAUUCAAAUAAAAAGGAGAUGGAAAGACUGGGUUUAAACAUUAUUGAUGCCAUGGUGGUAACGGCUGGUUACAGCAGUCUGAAUAACUUGCUUGUGCUAGUUACAAUGCUUUCAAAGAGAUCGCUUGACCAACCCGCAAAAUGUUGUCAGCGUGUGCACGAGUUUGAACGUUUAGGAAGAUUGAAGCUUAGGGAUUUCAAGUUCAGCAAGUUAGACAAGCUAAUCACAUCGAAUCACGUCUAA